GCUCUUCGCGGAUGGAAUGUACUAACGGCGUCACGAGCACGGAUCGCAUCAGUGGCAAGGCACACCACUACCUCUUCGUGUCCGCGGACGUCCCGAAUGAGGAUGACUGCACGGCUGCUCUCCCAAGCAUGAGCUUGGAGGGUGGAUCCGAGGAAGAGUUUCAAGCAUACUGGGACUGGAACUCGCGAACCUCGCGGAUUCUGAAGGACGGCUGGAUAGAGCGAAUGGCUCAUCCGCAAGUCAACUGUGAGACGUACUGGUACAACCACUGCACGGACGAGAUCACCUGGGAGCCACCCGCGGGUAGGCCGGGGGUGCGGAAGACUUUUGUGUCCAAGGGAAAGAAAGAAGACAAGACCUGGUGUUGGGGACACUCGGACUUCUCGCAAGAGGGGCCCGUGUGGACGUUCACCCCGCCGGAACUGAAGUCCAUCAUGAAGGAGGGUCAUGCUGGCGACUUUGGCCUGGCAACUGAGGAGCUAGCUCGUCGCGCGUGCUACGAGUUUGAAACGUGGCUGCCUCGCGUACUGUCCUGGCAUGACUACCAGUAUCGUUGCUUCUGGUUCUAUGGUGGCAAAGACUCCGCGGACAAGAACAAAGAUUCUGGGGCGUCGGCCAAGAGCUUCUUCAGCGCAGACGCAGAGGCCAGUCGGCAACUCUUCGCUGACGAAGAUUUCUUCGAAGCAUGCACCCGCUUGCUGUGCAAGAGGCUCGACAGAAUGCACCCCAUCAAUCUGACCUACUUCGUGUGGACCUACGUUCGCGCAGGAGUCGUGCACAAGGAGCUUCUUCACGCAGUGGCGGAGCACCUGUGCAAAGGUUGGCUGCCUACGCUGGACCGGUGUUCCCUGGGCACCAUGCUGUGGAACUUCUCCAAGCUGGAGUUUCGGCACGACCGAUUCUUUGAGCUCUCAGCGCAGGUUUGCAUACAUGCGCAUAUCUCAAGAUUGGGCGCGGGGCAUUUUUUGCAGGAUUGUACUGGAGGGAUCAUAUGGAAUCUCCGUGCUUGGCACGCAAGAUGUCAUGGUUGUCUUAAGUUGACCUUCUUGCUUCUGCUUGUGUCCUUGGCAACACGAAUCUUCUUCGUCUGCGCCUGCACAGGAACCUAA